CCGUAAUCCAAACCAUAAAUUAAGUUAACAUCAAAUAUGUCGCCGUCCUCGAUUACAGUUCAGAUAGUGGACAUCUUACAACCUUAAAUCAUUCAACCUGUUAACAGAACAUAGUUAAAACUAAAAUUCAAAUUCAUUUACAAAACAAAAUGAAAGCUGUUUUGAUACUUAGUUUUACAGUUUGUUGUAUUAUAUUUCGUGGUGUUACAUGUUACCAACACGAUAUAUAUGACUCGCAUGAAAAGGAGAAAGCACCUACUAGUGAUAUAAAGGAAUAUAUUAAUAAGAUUGUUUCAGAACUUGUUGAACAACAUAGUAAUGAUAUGAAAGCGCUAAAACACAAAGUUGACUCACAAGAAAAUAAAAUAAAAAAUCUUGAAAAGGACGCAUUAGUCCAUAAGUCUGUCAUUUCAGAAUUAGAAAAUAGGAUAGAAACUCUGGAGGCCACGCGUAUGGGAAAUAAUGGAAAGGAAAAUAAACAAAACACGUCUGAACAACAUACAAAUUUUACGUCGAAAACGUUCAACAGUAAGUUUGAACCCGCAUCAACACAAAACGUAAAACCUGAAAUCCGCCGUCGUGUACGUAGAGCUAACGUUGAAUCUCCCACUGCAUUCUCUGCAAGUAUCACAUCUGAUCAAGAACACCUUGGUCAAGGGCAAGAUAUAACUUUCGAUCACGUGAUAACUAAUGUUGGUGGUGCUUACAACAAUCACCACGGUUCAUUCAUAGCUCCGGUCUCGGGAACCUAUGUCUUUUAUUUUUCACUACACAGUCCGGGUGCAAGGGCAGAUUUAAUGGUAAAUGGUACAGCUAUCGCCAAUUUAUACAUUGGAAAUGACCAGGCCUCCCAACAGGUGAUUGUUACACUGAAAGCGGGGGAUGAUGUCUCCGUUCAAAACAUUCAGUCGGAUAAACUUUACUGGGGAAGCGGUUACAGCACAUUUAGCGGCUUUCUGCUAUAUGAAGGGAUGGACGUUAACCAGAUUGUUGGAUAACACAUUUGCUGUAGCCAAGCAUAAACGUUACAGUCAAAAUACUUACGUAAAAUUUAUUUUUUUGAUCUUUCUAAUACGGAAAU